AUGGCCGACGACGACGACGCCGGCGCCCUCUCCGACGUCGACGAGGACCCCCUCCCGCCGCCCCCACCCCCCUCCUCAUCCUCCUCCAUCCCCUCCUCCAAACCCCAACCCCCAUCCCACCCCCACGCCGAAGCGCAGCAGCAGCGCAUCCUCGACCUAACCGCAGACCUGGAGGAGGAGCGCCGCCUGCGCCGCGCGGCCGAGGACGCCCUCGCCAGCUCCGAGACCCGGCUCGGCCGCCUCAAGGCCUUCGCGCAGGACGCGCUGCGGAAGCGGGACGAAUCCGCCGCCGCCGCCGCGGCCUCCGCCCGCUCUCUCCAGGCCCUCCAGUCCGAGGCCGCCACCGCCUCCUCCAUGCUCGCCUCGGGGCUCGAGCGGAUCUCCGCCAAGGCCUCCCCCUCCACGCCCCCCGCGCCCCUCCCCACCUCCCACAAGUACUCCGCGGGCCUCCCCGCGCUCGCCUACGGGGUCCUCAAGCGCGCCAACGACAUCGUCGACGACCUCCUCGCGCAGAUCGCCGCGGCCCGACGCGACCGCGACGACCGCAACUACCAGAUCGCCAUCGAGGUGUCCGAGCUCGAGGCGGCCCUCGCGUCCCGCGCCGCCGAGGCCGAGUCCCUCUCCAAGUCCCUCUCGGACCGCGAGGCCGAGCUCUCCUCCCUCAAGGACCAACUCACCACCCUGACCCCGCUCCUCGCCGACCAGAUCGGGUGCGCCUCAAAGCUCUACGACGAGGUGCGGCAGCUGGUCGCGCUGGUGGACCCCGACGCCGCCGGCGCGCUGCCCGACUCCGUGUUCGUGUGGAAAGAAGCCGACGUCGAGGAGAGCCUCAAGGUGUCCCUCGAAGGGACCAGGAUGGCCUUCGACAUCGCGGCCAUGGCGCUGCACAAGGUCGCCGCGUGGCGGGAUAGGGGGAGCAGCAAGGUGAGCGAGCUGCAAGGAAAAGUGGAGGAGCUCCUGCGCGAGAAGGAGCACAUCGGGGUGCUGCUCCGCAGCGCCCUGCAGGCCAACACCACCGAGGUGCUCAAGGUUGCUGAGGAUGGGCUCAGGGAGGCCGGGAUCGAGAUUGGGCUCAACGGGCACAGGGAUCACAGGCCAGGCAGCAAAGAGAAGGACGAGGUCUAUACCCUGGCUGGAGCAUUGGAGAACAGCAUGAAGGAGUCCCAGAUCAAGAUCAUUGAGCUGCAACAUCUUGUUGAAGCACAAAGGGCGGAGUCUGGUCUACUUAGGACUAGGAUGGAAGGGCAAGAAAAAGAGAUUGGACAGUUACGGAAGCAAAUAAAGCAUCUAGAAGAGAAGGAAAGGCUGGCAAAUGAUAGUGUUGAGGGUCUGAUGAUGGACGUGACAGCUGCUGAAGAGGAGAUUAAAAGAUGGAAGAUGGCUGCAGAGGAGGAAGCUGAUGCUGGUAGAUCAAUUGAACAAGAGUUCCAGAUUCAGCUAACGUCCCUCCACAAAGAACUAGAGGAAGCAAAGGAAUCGAUGCUGGAGCUGGAAAACAAGCUCAAGUUCAAGGAAGAAACAGCUGCUGCCGCCAUGGCAGCACGUGACGCUGCGGAGAAAUCACUCAAGCUCGCUGACACAAGGUCCGCCAGGCUGCGCGAGAGGCUGGAGGAGCUGAACAGGCAGGCGGAGGAGUCGGAAGGCAGGGCGGACCCGAGCAGCGGCAGCGGCCGCCACCGGUACAUGUGCUGGCCCUGGCAGUGGCUCGGGCUGAACUACGUGCGGCUUCCGCCGGCCGAGACGGAAGAGGCCUCGAAUGAGAUGGAGCUCUCGGAGCCCCUGAUAUAGCCUGUGGCGUGUGGGAUGUUGAUACGGAUUGGGAUACUGAGUCUGCUCGUCCUGUUUAUAGACAGAAAAAAGGAAAUUAGAUUUUUUUUCUCUCUCUCUCUCUGUGUUUGGGUUCUGUCAUUAUGUAGAUGUUUGGGAUAUUUUCUUGGUGUUUUGUAUUCUGUAGUGUGCAGACUCACGAGGGGGUAUUAGACGGCGCCGUGUAAUUGUAAAAGUUACCACCCAGGGAUAUAGUGAAGAUGUUCCAUUCUUUGACA